UCCGAUACCAAGUAUGUCGUCGGAAUAUCACAGGAAGACAGAGUGGCAGAAUUUCUAGAAGCCGGAGGUUUCGCGGCCGAAGAGUUCUCAGAACAAGGCAUUGCAAUAUGUCGUCUAAGAAUCAGAAGAAUGAUCUGCACGGCCAAAGCUCGAUCUCUUCAACAUGCCGUACGCAUGGUCAACGGCGUCAAACGAGUACUCAUCGGUCCCGGAAUAGAUGAAGCCAAAAUCUUCUUCGAUCCAAAUUUGACCACCGAAGCCGAAAUCCUCGCUGCCACCGAUGAUUCCGGCUUCGAAUCCGAGCUCAUCUCCGCCGCAGACGAGGCCUACAAAGUUCAUAUAAAACUCGAUCAAGUUGGCCCUGCGGACAUGACCGCCAUAAGAACCUCUCUUGAGCAAGCUUCUGGAGUGAACUCUGUUGAAAUGGAUGGGCUAGGGCAGAUGGUUUCCAUCCACUAUGACCCUGACCGGACUGGUCCGAGGUCCCUUUUGCAGUGCCUCAAGAGCUACGGAGCGAGUUUGUAUGUGCCACCGAAGAGAAGAGAUGUGGAGCAGCAUCAAGAAGCUUGUACUUAUAGGAACUUGUUCUUGUUCAGCUGCUUGUUUUCUGUUCCUGUGGUGGCUUUUGCAAUGGUGCUUCCUAUGCUUCCUCCUUAUGGGGAGUGGUUGAAUUUUAGGGUUUACAAUAUGCUUACUGUUGGAAUGGUUCUUAAAUGGAUCUUCUGCACACCAGUCCAGUUCUUUGCUGGCCGGAGAUUUUAUGUAGGAUCAUACCGUGCAUUACAACAGAAAUCAGCAAAUAUGGAUGUUUUGGUUGCUGUAGGCACCAAUGCAGCAUACUUUUACUCAGUAUACAUAGUAUUUAAAGCAUCCACUUCCAACUCUUUUAGAGGGAAAGAUUUCUUUGAGUUUAGCUCCAUGUUGAUCUCCUUCAUUCAACUUGGAAAGUAUUUGGAGGUCAUGGCCAAAGGGAAAUCAUCAGAUGCUUUAGCGAAGCUUGCUCAUCUUGCUCCUCAUACCGCUUGUUUGAUGACCUUUGAUGAUCAUGGAAAUUUGCUAUCAGAGAUGGAGAUUGAUACCCAGUUGAUACAGAGGAAUGAUAUCAUUAAGAUUGUUGCUGGGGCAAAAGUUCCUGUUGAUGGAAUUGUUAUUAGUGGUGAAAGCAAUGUGAAUGAGAGUACAAUUACUGGAGAAGCAAGAUCCAUUGCGAAAACACCCGGUGAUAAGGUUAUUGGCGGGACUGUCAAUGAAAAUGGAUGCUUAUUUAUUAAGACCACACAUGUUGGAUCUGAUACUACACUUUCUCGAAUUGUACAACUAGUGGAAUCAGCUCAGCUAUCACGAGCACCGGCUCAAAAAUUAGCAGACCGGAUAUCAAAGUUUUUUGUUCCUGUUGUUGUUGUGGCAGCAUUUGUGACAUGGCUUGGUUGGUUAAUUUGUGGGGAAGCUGGUUUGUACCCUAAACAUUUUAUUCCAAAGGGCAUGGAUGAGUUUGAACUUGCACUGCAAUUUGGCAUUUCAGUGCUGGUGAUCGCGUGCCCAUGUGCCCUUGGUUUAGCAACACCAACUGCUAUCAUGGUUGCAUCAGGGAAGGGUGCUUCUCUUGGUGUCCUCAUUAAGGGAGCAAGUGCACUUCAAAAUGCAUACAAGGUGAAAAUGGUAGUUUUCGACAAGACUGGAACUCUAACGGUUGGCAGGCCAGAGGUUGUUAGUGUUGUGCUUUUUUCUACAUUUCCAAUGCAGGAGCUCUGCGAUGUAGCAAUAGCAAUUGAGUCAAACAGCAAACACCCUUUAGCAAAAUGUGUAGUGGAUCAUGCAAUGAAAAUGAGAAAAAAGUUUGGGGCCCGAACCGAAUGUCGCAAACGCAUACAGAACUUUGAGGUGUUCCCGGGAGGAGGGGUUGGAGGAAAAAUUGAUAGAAAACCAGUUUUAGUAGGAAACCGAAGGCUCAUGCGAGCUCACAACAUUGUUGUUGGUCCUCAAGUUGAUCGUUAUGUUAUAGAAAAUGAGCGGCUGGCUCAAACAUGUAUAUUAGUGGCUAUAAAUGGCAGGGUAGCUGGAGGUUUUGGUGUUAUAGAUGCGCCAAAGUCUGGGACUAAAGCUGUUAUAUCGUAUCUUCGCUCAAUCGGCAUCUCAAGCAUAAUGGUCACUGGCGAUAACUGGGCCACAGCAUUUGCCGUUGCAAGAGGGGUUGGGAUCAAUGAGGUCUUUGCAGAGAUGGAUCCAAUUGGAAAAGCUAACAAGAUCAAAUCCUUAAAGACAACAGGGAAUAUUGUGGCAAUGGUGGGAGAUGGAGUAAACGACUCGCAUGCCUUAGCUGCAGCUGAUGUUGGCAUUGCCAUUGGUGCUGGAACAAAUAUUGCUAUAGAAGCAGCUGAUAUAGUUCUCAUGCGAAGCAAUUUAGAAGAUGUAGUUACAGCCAUAGAUCUCUCAAGACAAACUGUUUAUCGUAUAUGGCUUAACUACAUCUGGGCACUUGGCUAUAAUAUUAUAGGUAUGCCUAUUGCUGCCGGAAUCUUAUAUCCCUUUACUGGAAUCCGAUUGCCGCCGUGGCUCGCCGGUGCCUGCAUGGCUGCUUCCUCCCUUAGCGUCGUAUGUUCUUCUCUCUUAUUGAAAUGCUAUAGGAGACCCUUGAAUUUUCAAUCCACUUGAAAUGUUGAGUUUGGUGUGAGUUUGUGAUGAAAAAGUGAUGAUUUUAGUUGUGAUUCAAUUCAUUUUUCAAGAUUUUUUGAAAAUACUUCUGUUAGAAGUAGCGAAGGUAGUGCUUUUUUGUAAUGAAAUAAGUGUUGUACUCUGAAAAAAAGUCAUUUCAAACUCGUUCAUUUCAUA